AUGCGUUUGGCAUUCCUUUUUCUGGUAUUAUUACCAUUAUCAUCUGCUUGCCCCGCAGAAUGUAAAUGUUCCGGAUUAGAUGUUCAUUGCGAUGGAAAAAACUUGGCAACAAUACCUGCACAUAUCCCUAUUGCGACAACUAAUCUCUAUUUUGCCGCUAAUGUGCUGUCUACGCUGACUAAAUCAGAUUUUCACAACCUACCAAACCUGCAGUAUCUAGACGUUUCCAACAAUUCGAUCAGAAUUAUUGAUGAGACAUUGAUCGACAGUUUCCCUGGGUUGAAAUAUCUCGAUUUAUCCUUCAAUAAGAUCAAAACCGUUCCCAAGCUGUCUACUGCACCAAACGCCCUCGUGAGCUUGAAUUUGGCCCAUAAUGAAAUCUCAAAAGUGGAUGAUGAUCUGGUGUCAAACAGCCCCUACCUUCAAACUUUUCUCCUUCAAAGAAAUCGCGUCCAGUCUUUGUCUCAUGACUUCUUCAAUGUCCGAAUGGUCCCAACCUUGAAAACUGUGAAAAUGGCUGGAAAUCCGUGGAGUUGUGAUUGCAGGAACAUAUUUGUUGUCGGAAAAUGUUUUUUCCCAAAAGAAUUGCGGAAUAAUGUGUUCAGAAACCUGUCGAUAGAAAACUUGAAAUGUGGAAAACCAGAGUUCAGUCGCAAUGAUGACGGAAUGUACAAAAUGAGCUGCCCAAAUAGUGAAAUGGAACCAUAUCACUAUGAUCCGAUAUUUUUGGAGAAUAAUAAGGAGGCUAGACAUACUGCACAUUUUGCUCGUGACAAAGAUGGAUCUCUUUUAUCCAAUGGACAAUUCACAAGAAACUAUCAAUGUGCUUUUCACCGUCAAAAACAAUCAGCCCACAUGAUGAAGAAAACUACACUUUCCCAAGAAACUACUACAACUACCACGACAACCGAGGAACCAAUGACUACGUCUACUAUGGAAGAGAUUAUGUCUUCAACCACACCUGAAAUGCUUGAUACCACAGAAAUGCCAGAAAUGCAAUCUGGAUCAAUGUUUGUCCACAAACAACCCGACACAUCUUCUCGUGACGGUGAGACUCUGGAACUCAUGUGCGAAGUCGGUGGAGAUCCUAUCCCAACUGUUACUUGGAUGUUUGGAGAUCAGAAACUAAUGGAGUCUCGAAAGCAUAAGUUCACAAAAAAUGGAUCUGUUCUGAAAAUUUUCCCGUUCUUGAACACCGAUGUUGGUCGAUACAAGUGCAUUGCAUCAAAUGACGACGAAUCGGAAACACAUGUGUUCACGGUGUCAUUAAAAGAAAGUGAGCAACCAGUGAUUGUUGAUGCUCCAAUGGAUACCAAUGCGACUAUAGGGCAACAAGUCACGUUGAGGUGUAAUUCUAAAGGAUUCCCAACACCGGAUGUUGUUUGGCUUUUCGAAGGAACAAGAAUCCCUAGAAGAAACACUAGAUAUACGAUCUCUGAUAACAAUGUUGAAUUGACCAUUGAGAAAGUAACUAGGCAUGAUUCUGGAGUUUUCACCUGUCAAGCGGUUAAUAGCGUUGGUUCUGCUGUGGCCACUGCUAACUUACUGGUUGGCGCCGAAUUGACGGAGAAAGUUGAUAAACUUCUUGAUGACAUGACCAUAGAGAAAAUUGCGAAACAAGCGAAACUGAAAGUUGAGAAUGCACUUGCUUCCACAAAAGAUCAAAGGAAGAUGGAUAAGAUCGAAAGUCCAAAUGACUUGAGAAAACUUUUCAAAUUUGCUAUUAACCUCAAGAAAAUGGAUCUUGGAAAGGCUCGAGAGAUCUACGAAGAGAGUAUUCGAUUGGUUCAAAUGCAUAUUGACAACGGUCUUGCCUUCGAAGCGAACAUGAUUUCUCCAAAUGUAUCUUAUGAAGCAGUUCUUCCGGUGUCUUACGUUCAAACUUUGAUGGAAAAGUCAGGAUGUCAAACUGGACAAUUUGCAGAGAGUUGUGAUGACUACUGUUUCUUCUCCAAGUAUAGAUCAUACGAUGGUCAAUGCAACAAUCAAGAACAUCCAUGGUGGGGAGUUUCAGAAAUGGCUUUUAUGAGACUUCUUCCUCCACGAUAUGAGAACGGAUUCAACACACCAGUUGGUUGGGAGAAAGGAAAAUUGUACAAUGGAUAUCAAGUACCAAAUGCUAGAAAAGUGUCAAGAGUACUUAUUGGUACAGACGAGACCACACCACACAGCCACUUGAGUGCGAUGACCAUGCAAUGGGGACAAUUUAUUGAUCAUGAUCUCACUCUUACCGCUCCAGCCCUGACACGUCACAGUUAUAAGGAAGGAGCGUUUUGCAAUAGAACAUGUGAGAAUGCAGAUCCUUGUUUUAAUAUUCAAUUGGAAGCUGAUGACCCGAAACUUCACACUGGACUCUAUCAGAAACAUCCAUGCAUGGAAUUUGAGAGAAAUGGAGCUGCAUGUGGAAGUGGAGAGACUUCACCAAUCUUCCAAAGAGUCACCUAUCGUGAUCAACUCAACUUACUGACAUCGUAUCUCGACGCUUCUGGAAUAUACGGAAACAGUGAAGAACAAGCAUUGGAACUAAGGGACUUGUACAGUGACCACGGUCUUCUUCGCUUUGAUAUUGUCUCCGGAGCUAACAAACCGUACAUGCCGUUUGAAAAAGAUUCCGACAUGGAUUGCCGCCGUAAUUACUCCCGCGAGAACCCGAUUAAAUGUUUCCUUGCCGGAGAUGUAAGAGCAAAUGAGCAGCUGGGCCUAAUGAGUAUGCACACCAUAUUCCUGAGAGAACAUAAUCGUAUUGCUUCAAAGUUAUUGGAAGUGAAUGAGAAUUGGGACGGAGAGACUAUUUUCCAAGAGACGAGAAAAAUCAUUGGUGCUAUCCUUCAACACAUCACCUACAACGACUGGCUUCCAAAGAUUCUUGGAAAGGCGACAUAUGAUACCAUUAUUGGACCAUACAUGGGAUAUAAUCCAGAUGUCAAUCCAACAAUUGCUAAUGAAUUUGCAACGGCAGCUUUGAGAUUUGCCCAUACUCUCAUCAACACCCAUCUUUUCCGUUUUGACAAAAACUUUAAAGAAACCAAAGAGGGACAUUUACCACUACAUAAUGCUUUCUUUGCUCCGGAAAGAAUGGUUUCUGAAGGAGGUGUGGAUCCGUUGCUGAGAGGGUUGUUCGCUGCUCCAAUCAAGUUGCCCAGACCAGAUCAAGUAUUGAAUAAGGAGUUGACAGAGAAGUUGUUUAACAGAUACCACGAAGUUGCCCUCGACUUGGCUGCUCUGAACAUUCAAAGGGGAAGAGAUCAUGGUCUCCCUUCAUGGACUGAAUAUCGCAAAUUCUGCAACCUCACUGUACCCAAGACAUGGACUGAUAUGAAAAAUAUUGUUCAAAACGACACUGUUAUUUCAAAACUGCAAUCUCUCUAUGGUGUACCAGAAAACAUUGAUCUCUGGGUUGGUGGUGUAACUGAAAAACGGACGGCUGACGCACUGAUGGGACCGACACUUGCUUGCAUCAUUGCCGACCAAUUCAAACGUUUGAGAGAUGGUGAUAGGUUUUGGUAUGAGAGUGAAGAGAUGUUUUCUAAAACUCAACUUCGACAAAUCAAAAAAGUGACUCUGUCAAAGAUCAUAUGCACAAACGGUGAUGACAUUGAUAGAAUUCAGAGAGAUGUUUUUGUGUAUCACGGAAACAGCACACAGUUUUACGAGACAUGCGAAUCAUUGCCGGAUAUCAAUUUGAACAUGUGGACUACGUGCUGCGAUGCGAUGUGCUCAUCAAGUUCAACUUUGGCUAGAAAUGCGAUUGGUGGCGAUGAGAAAGCAAAACGGCGGAAGAGAAGACAUCACCCGAAAAAGAGCUGUCAUGAUGAAGGGAAGAGGCGGAAGAGUGGAGAAAGAUGGAAUCAUGCUAAUGAUAUGUGUGUCGAAUGCAUGUGUGAAGACGGCGAAGUGUGGUGUAAGACAAAGGAUUUCUGCAAAUCACGAUCUUAA